GCCGUUUGGGAAAGGCGGGCCAGCCCAGCGUGGAGGAGCCCUGCCUCUCGCCCGCCUCCUCCUCCUGCAGGAAAUGCCGCCGCCGACCGCCCCGGAAGCCCCGAGUCGAAGCCAGAACGCGGCUGUGGCGAUGUAAACAGAAACGGGCGCCCAGAGACGAGCGCCGGAGUCCCGGGGGGCGCCAUCAUGGGGAAGUCGUUCGCCAACUUCAUGUGCAAGAAGGACUUCCAUCCCGCCUCCAAAUCUAAUAUCAAGAAGGUAUGGAUGGCAGAACAGAAGAUAUCUUACGACAAGAAGAAACAGGAAGAGUUAAUGCAGCAGUACCUGAAAGAGCAGGAAUCUUAUGACAACAGGUUGCUUAUGGGUGAUGAACGUGUGAAGAAUGGUUUAAAUUUUAUGUACGAGGCACCACCAGGAGCAACGAAAGAGGAGACCAAAGAGCAAGAGGGAGAAACAGAGUACAAAUUUGAAUGGCAGAAGGUCGCUCCACGUGAAAAAUAUGCUAAGGAUGACAUGAACAUUAGAGAUCAGCCAUUUGGUAUCCAAGUGCGGAACGUGAGAUGCAUUAAAUGUCACAAGUGGGGCCAUGUAAAUACCGAUCGAGAAUGUCCCUUAUUUGGUCUUUCUGGGAUUAAUGCAAGCUCUGUUUCCAAUGAUGGAUCAGGGCCAUCAAUGCACCCCUCGGAGCUAAUAGCGGAGAUGAGAAACAGUGGGUUUGCUCUGAAACAAAAUGUGCUGGGGAGAAACUUGACCGCAAAUGAUCCAUCGCAGGAAUUUGUUGCAAGUGAAGGAGAAGAUGACCCAGAAGUAGAAUUUUUAAAAUCCUUGACAACUAAGCAAAAACAAAAACUUUUGAGGAAACUGGACCGCCUGGAGAAAAAGAAGAAGAAGAAGAAGAAAGAUCGGAAGAAGAAAAAGCAGCAGAAGAGAAAAAGCAAAAGUAAACAGAGGAAACAUAAGAGCAGGUCCUCUUCCACAUCCUCCGGUGAGUCUUCAGUAAGCAGCAGCGGUGGAGAGACUGACAGGCCAGAUAAAGCCGCACAAAAGAAGACGGAUUCUAAGGCAAGAAGAAAAGGCAAGUUUUCAGAGGCCAGCAGCAGCGAUUCUGAAGGGGAGGCAAAGACGAAGGGAAAACUUUACGAAGAGCGCUCCAGCAGUCAUGGUAACAAGGACAAAGAUGGGGAGAAGUGCAGACUUUUAAAGCAAGGUAGUUCUGGAGAGAACAACAAACGCAGCUCCCGGGAGAGCAAAAGAGAGCCCAGGAGCAGAAAGGAGGAUGGCACAGACAAGAGAAGAGAAUCUGAAAGUCACCGGAGCAACAGCAGAAGCCAGGAGGAGAGGAGCGGGAGAGGUUCUCGCACAGUGCACCGGAGCCGCAGCCCCCCACCGGAGCGGCACAGGGGAAACAAAACGGAAAGCCAUCCCUCAGGCCUUUCCAGAGAGCAGCGCAAACACAGGGAACGCGAAAGAGAGGAGUCUGUGGAAAGGGAGCUGAGAGAGAGAAGCCGGAGGAGAGAGAGGAAAAAAUAGAUCGUGUGGGAGGCAGGCGCACCCUCUCGUCUCUUCUGUUGUUCCUUUUGUCGUUGAACACCCGUAGUGAGGGUUGCAGGCACUCACCAGUUGGUUGUUUUCCAUAAAAUGUCACCCACCUACUUCCAAUAGCCCUGAGCUUAAUCUGAACAGUGUCUUCUUCUGUUGGGUGUGUGUGUGUGUGUGUGUGUGUGUGUGUGAGAGAGAGAGAGAGAGAGAGAGAGAGAGAGAGAGAGAGAGAGAGACAAGCCACUCAAUUUCAUUUUGGCUUGGAAAUUAUUUGAUAAAUCAUUUUUUUUUUCGUUUUCGUUUUAGAGACUCAAGUACAAAAAAAAAUGCUUGGCCUGCCUCUGUAAAAAGUAGAGCUUUGCCAGUGAUUAUCCCCCCCCCCCCUUGCUUUCUGACGGAUAUAAAUACUUUGGUGAGAUGUGCGGGGAAAAUAGCACUUGACAUAGCUCUAGAUAAAAAUUACUAUUUGAGAACACAGAACGUUUGAUUGUUUUUGAAAAGGAACGGGUUUUUCCUCCCGUUCCACCUAAAGAGGACAAUUUUGUGAGUUAAAACAAGAGAGCCACAUGGUUCCACAUAAAUGUGUAGCUAACAUUUUGGCCCCCUGCAGAGCAUAACUUAGUCAACCCCGUCCAAGCGUCUUGAACCCCUGUUGGUAUAUCUCUGUACACUGUCAAGUUAUUGUUCAAUAAUUUCUCCAGACAUGAGAAGAAUAUUUACUGUCUUCUGGGUUUUGUCGGACCGAGUACUGGAGGAAUCUAAAUGCCAGACCCGCGGUUAUCUUGUCAGACAGCCCUUGUAUUUCUUAUCCCCCUCUCCACCCAAUGCUAUAAACCUGGGAACUGGAUUAAAUAAAUUUUGGUUCCAAAA